AUGAUCGCUCGGUAUCGCUUCGGAACCUACCCUUCGGCAUGUCUUAAGCAGCCAACUCAUAACAAAAAACCCCAUCGAUAGAUCAUUAUCAAUUCACUGCAGCACCGGUUAGGAUCACUGUGGUUCGAUCGGAGAUAUUUUCAUUCCGUAAGAUAGAUUCCAUUCCGCUAUACUUUCUCCCGGGCUUGAGAACGGUAACACAGCACGUACGUACACAAACGACGCGAAAAGGCUGCACACCAAGCGGGAGAGACAUAACCACCGUCAGGCUUCCAGGCCAGCCCCCGAAAGCCGUGUUGGAGCACGCGAGAAGCAGACGGCACGAACGCAAUUGUGUAAGUUGCUUCUUUUUAUCUGCCACGGAACCGUCCGUUCCGGUUCCAGUCUGCGGUCGAUAUUCAACCCGAACGGACGUUUACCGGAGAGAACGACCGGGCCACCAGUAAGCCGUUCUUGGAACCUGGAUAGGUUCCUGUUUUGCUCACCCACCCCCCCCUUCCCCAGCCUCAACUCGUUGAUCGUUAUUAUACACACAUCCCCGGGCCGAGAAAAGAAAGCGUGCUGGAAGCUGGCCGUGUACAGGCGGGAGUGAUUUUCUGAGUCUGUUUUGGGACGGUGAGUGAGUGUGUUUGCCGUGGUAGGGCGUAGCCCGCUUCUGCCCUAGAUUGCCUGCGUUCUGGCAAUGCAGGAGCCCAGAAGUAGUAGCGGGACGGCCGUGAUACUGGCAGAGUAGAACAUUAAGUGAACACAAGUGACUCAAACCGGAGGACUUCCAGAAUUCCCCUACAACGAUAGUGGACGUGCGUGUUAGUGGCGCGAGUGACUCAAAGAGGUGUCUCAAAGUGUGGAGCAUAAGAAGUCAAGAAGUGUUCAACAACCGCCCCGUAGGAAGUGGAUUGAAGGUGUGAAUAGUCUCUCGAUUAGAAAAAAAAACCCUUAAGAAGUCGAUCCAGAGAGUUCAGCAAAACAGUAGUUCCUGAAGUGUUAAAACAAGGUGCACGAGUUCUCUGGACGGUUCGUGUGACUUCCAAUCCCUCUACCAGACACCAAAGCAUAACGAAAAUGAAGCUCAUUGCUACAUACGCACUGGCGCUGCUGCUGCUAGCCAGCACAGUCCUUGCCCGACCCAACCUGGUGGAACCGAUCUACCUACGACGGCGCAGCAAUCCCCUGGAGAUCGUGGAGGAGAGCGUAGAAUCGAGCAGCCUGCCACAGGACGCUUCGGCCCAGAGCAGCACCGAGCAGCUUCAGUCAACGACCGUCGGAAGUUCGGAACCGGCCACCGACAGUUCCAGCACCAGCUCCGGCGGCAGCACAUCCACGCACCAACCAAGCUACGCGUUCAAGCGUCCCGAGCUGCUGAAAACGAAGAUGGGCACGUCCGGGUUCGUGGUGUCCACCAGCACGAAGGUGCUGACCGGUGGUGCUAGCGCCGCGUCCGGCGCAUCGCAACGGACCCGCCCGGCGGGCACGGUCGUGUUGGGUUCGGGCGAAGCGAAAGCCAACGAACAGCUAACAUCCCUCUUUGAUCGCUAUUCAGGGCACGCCGGUGUGGCGGAACCGAUGACGGACGAGGAGUACCAGAACGAGCUGCACCGUGCCACGGAACGGACGGUCCCGCUGCGGACGACCACCCCGAAGGAGGGUCUGUCCACCUGGGUACUGCUGUCCGGUAGCGAUUCUAGCGAGAUGAAGAGUGAGUCUACGAGUACGACCUCGAGAAAGGUGAUCAGCACGACGACGACGACGACGACUAGUACGACACCGAAACCAACCACCAGCGCUACGAAACGAUUCCAACCGUCUACCAGACGUGUCAUGCAGACGACCACACCACGUCCGGGUAGAACAACCACAAGCCCCACGAGCAUGGAGGAGAAGAAGGAAAAACAGAACAAACCGCUACCGAAGCAGAAGAUCGCCUCGACCACUCUUAAGCCGGUGAUCGUAAAGAAGGUUAAGAAACCGCUACCGACAACAACUACGACGACGACGACAACCACCACCACGACUACGCCCAAGCCAACAACUACCUCAUCCCCAACGGUAACCACCGAGAUGGUCAUCACGGAGCAGAGUGCCUCCACGGUGGCGAACGAUCUAUCCGCACCCGUUACCGACGACAGCUCGCAGGAAUCGUCCACCUUCCUGAUACUGGAACCGAAGGACGCUCAGUUCGAUCUGCCCGAGGAUCGUUCCCCGUCCAAAACGGCACCCAGCAACGGUGGCAAGGUCGUGAAGAAACCAACACGCAAACCGAACGCCAAAGCCCCCGGUGGCACGAAGAAGAAGCCGGCCAACAAGAAAACGCGCAAACCGGAAGUGAAGGAUGUGGUGGCGAAUGAUAAGAAACCGGGCAACAAGAACAAGCCCGUCUCGACGCAGAUCAUCAACUAUUUGUCGCGCGAGGUAAUGCCCACGGUCGGUGUGGGAUUGGUUGGGUUGGUGAUGGCGGCUGGGCUGGCGUCGUACUUCCUUGGCAGUCCGCUUGGUGCGUUGCGUCGAUCGGACGAUCGGAAGGAUGAUCUGUACUACUCGAACUACGAGGAGUACGCCGGACCGGAUGGACAGAACGAGGAGGAUGUGUUUGGGAAGCUGAUUGCGGGUAUGCCGGAUCGGUCCUACUACCGCAACAAUGCGGUGCGUAGACGAACGCAGGUACAGCAGCCGGUUAGGACGGGCCAUCAGUACUACCAUGUGCAGCCGUACUCUGCCAACAAGUACCCGCACAUUACGUACCGCAAUCGGGCUUAUGGUGGAGCCGGUGGGCCGAGUGCUCCGGAAGCGAUGUACACGAACGUGAACCGACCGACCCAGGGACAGUCGCCGGUGCAGGCUCAGAGUCAAGCAAAGUCACAGAACGAGUUCUUCUACAACACCCCACCGACGCCUUAUUACCCGAUGCGAACGGUUUCGGUUGAGGCACCGACACGUCAACCGCAGUCGCCAGUGUACAGCUCGCCGUCCGUCUCAACGACAGCUAGCAGUACGGUGAGUCCUUCGACUACGGUCGAUACUAUCCCCGCGGCAGAUCCAAUCGCGGAGACCGAGCACGAAAUGAUGCCCCAUCCGGAAGCGUACUCGUCCGAGCAUAGUCCCGAGCAUCAUGCGCACUAUGUCGUAGGGACGAGCUACUCGGACAGCAUGCUGGACAUGAUCAACUCGGCAUCGGUUCCGGAGCACGGACCGAGAAGAAAGCGCCGAGCGCCGGUGGAUUCGGACGAAGACGUUGAGUUUGAGAACGAGAUCGAUGUGGAUGAGGAUCGUCCGAAGGAGGACCACCCAUCCGCUCAGUCGUCCCAUUCUGGGGAGGUGACGGAGCUGAGCGUCCAGGAGGGUGAGACAACGACGACGGGUACGGCGGGAGAAAGUGCGGAAACGACAACGGAAGCGCAGCGGUACACGUGGGGUGAUUUUAUCCGAAACACGGUCGAACGGAAGGUGGCAAUGGGCAUCCAUUUCCUUCAGUACGUCACCAUGGACUUUCAGCGAUACCUGAACGGUGUACACGAUCGGUUCCAGCACCAUCAUCAGACCAAUCACACCAGCUCGACUGAACAGUAGUCGACAGCCGUGUGGCGUAGAGCAUUAGCACACACACACAGGUUCGGAACCUACUCACUAUGGGAUUGAGGAUAGAAUUCUCGACAUGCGAGAGCUCUCUUCUGAUUUUGUAGUAACCGAGAACCACGAUCGUUUGUAUCGAUCACCGAUCAAAACAUUCAAACCUUCACCGCACCAACAUACGCAGCAGGGAAUCAGAGCGUUGCACCCGUAUAUUUAUUGCUUAUGAACACACACACACACACACGAUAAAGUCCCAUCAUCGGCUACUUGGAUGUAAGCGUGUGGUGAUUUUAUCGAAGUGGAUACUACGUUUCUAAGGGUGGGCUUCGUUCUACGGUUAUAAUCUCGUGCUUCUGCCACUUUCCAGCAGAGGGCGUAACUAUGCACUGGGGAGAUAUUGCAUCCGAAAGUAAGAGAAACACGCAGCAGCAUUAGUAUUACGUGUUUUUUACGCAUUUAUUUACAAAUCCGUACAGGAUGGUGUAACGCGAGACGCAAAAAAAAAGCAUAAAACCAGUGAACAAAUAAAAUAAAAUCUACAUCAA